CUCUUCCAACGAGCUUGCCGGUUUCUUCCCCAAGAUGGCGGCAGCGGCAGUAGGCAGGGAUGGGGGUGGCUGAGUGGACACGUGCGGGUUUUCCUUUUCUCCUUUCAGUUUCCCAAUAAAUGUAGGUGCCCGCAGAUAACGAGGGGUACUAAACAGUGAGAACAUUUGGGAAAGAAAAAUGACAUCAAUUAUCAAGCUAACAACCCUCUCAGGGGUUCAGGAAGAAUCUGCUCUCUGCUAUUUACUUCAGGUAGAUGAGUUUCGCUUUUUGUUGGAUUGUGGCUGGGAUGAGAAUUUUUCUAUGGACAUCAUUGAUUCCCUGAGGAAACAUGUUCACCAGGUUGAUGCAGUGCUUCUUUCACAUCCUGAUCCUUUGCACUUAGGUGCUCUCCCAUAUGCAGUAGGAAAGAUGGGGUUGAACUGUGCUAUUUAUGCAACUAUUCCUGUAUACAAAAUGGGCCAAAUGUUCAUGUAUGACCUCUACCAGUCACGCCAUAAUACGGAAGACUUCACUUUGUUUACUCUGGAUGAUGUGGAUGCAGCUUUUGAUAAAAUACAACAACUAAAAUUUUCUCAGAUUGUCAAUUUGAAAGGGAAAGGGCAUGGCUUGUCCAUCACUCCAUUACCAGCAGGCCACAUGAUAGGAGGUACGAUAUGGAAAAUAGUUAAAGACGGAGAAGAAGAAAUUGUUUAUGCAGUUGAUUUCAACCACAAGAGGGAGAUUCAUUUAAAUGGAUGUUCUUUGGAAAUGUUAAGUAGACCUUCCUUGCUCAUCACUGAUUCGUUUAAUGCUACUUAUGUACAGCCAAGACGGAAACAAAGAGAUGAGCAACUGCUAACAAAUAUUUUGGAAACAUUGAGAGGUGAUGGAAAUGUCCUAAUAGCUGUGGACACUGCAGGUAGAGUUUUGGAACUUGCCCAACUGCUUGAUCAGAUAUGGAGGACAAAAGAUGCUGGUUUAGGAGUCUAUUCCUUGGCACUUUUAAACAAUGUCAGCUACAAUGUUGUGGAGUUCUCAAAAUCUCAGGUGGAAUGGAUGAGUGACAAGCUAAUGAGAUGCUUUGAAGAUAAGAGAAACAAUCCUUUCCAAUUUCGUCAUCUGUCUCUUUGUCAUGGGCUUGCAGAUUUGGCUCGUGUUCCUAGUCCCAAAGUUGUUCUUGCUAGUCAGCCAGAUCUGGACUGUGGAUUUUCAAGGGAUCUCUUUAUACAAUGGUGUCAGGAUCCCAAGAACUCUAUCAUUUUGACAUAUAGAACAACUCCUGGAACACUAGCACGAUUUCUAGUAGAUAAUCCCUCUGAAAAAGUUAUAGAUAUAGAGCUCAGGAAACGUGUAAAACUUGAAGGAAAGGAACUUGAGGAAUACCUGGAAAAAGAAAAAAUUAAAAAAGAGGCAGCAAAAAAGUUAGAGCAGUCAAAAGAAGCAGAUAUAGAUUCCAGUGAUGAGAGUGAUGCUGAAGAAGACAUUGAUCAACCAUCUGUUCAUAAGACCAAACAUGAUCUCAUGAUGAAAGGUGAAGGGAACCGAAAAGGAAGCUUCUUCAAACAAGCCAAAAAAUCAUAUCCUAUGUUUCCUGCUCCAGAAGAGAGAAUUAAAUGGGAUGAAUAUGGAGAGAUUAUCAAGCCUGAGGAUUUCCUCGUUCCAGAACUUCAGGCAACAGAAGAAGAAAAGAACAAAUUAGAAUCUGGUCUUACAAAUGGAGAAGAACCUAUGGAUCAGGAUUUAUCAGAUGUUCCUACAAAAUGCAUUUCAGCAAUGGAAUCUAUGGAAAUAAAAGCUCGAGUUACAUACAUAGAUUAUGAAGGCCGCUCUGAUGGAGACUCCAUUAAAAAAAUAAUUAAUCAGAUGAAGCCACGGCAAUUGAUUAUUGUCCAUGGACCACCUGAGGCCAGUCAAGAUCUCGCUGAAUCCUGUAGAGCUUUUGGCGGGAAAGACAUUAAAGUUUACAUGCCCAAACUGCAUGAAACUGUGGAUGCGACCAGUGAGACUCACAUAUAUCAAGUUAGGUUAAAAGACUCUCUCGUCAGUUCCCUUCAGUUUUGUAAAGCUAAAGAUGCAGAACUGGCAUGGAUAGAUGGCGUUCUGGACAUGCGAGUAUCAAAAGUAGAUACAGGGGUAAUUUUGGAAGAAGGGGAACUGAGAGAUGACGGUGAGGACACUGAAAUGCAAGUAGAUGCACCUUCUUCAGAUUCCAGUGCUGUGGCACAGCAAAAGGCCAUUAAGAGUCUCUUUGGUGAUGAUGACAAAGAAAUCUGCGAGGAGAGUGAAAUUAUUCCUACUUUGGAGCCUUUACCACCCAAUGAGGUUCCCGGACAUCAGUCGGUCUUCAUGAAUGAACCAAGAUUGUCUGAUUUCAAGCAGGUUCUGUUGCGAGAAGGAGUGCAAGCUGAAUUUGUGGGAGGAGUCCUAGUGUGUAACAACUUGGUGGCUGUUCGCAGGACUGAAACUGGACGUAUUGGAUUGGAAGGCUGUCUCUGUGAAGAUUUCUAUAAAAUUAGAGACCUUUUAUAUGAGCAGUAUGCCAUUGUUUAAGGAGAACUGUAAAUAUGAUAUAUAUGGACUUGUUCUAUUUUUAUGGGAUUCUUUUACCAUAUGCAUAUGGAUAAUUAGUAGCCAUUACUAAAUCUUUCUAGCAGAUGAACCAGUGUUGAUAUAGUCCAGGAAAGGGUUACUUUAUAUAAAUAAUCCUGUACAUUUUGCUGGUUAUAUUUUUCAAAGUAAUACAACUUUUCAUGUUGUAGUAUUUCAACUUGCAGAUAAUUUUACAAGAACUUGGAGGUUUGAUCUUGACAAAUUUGCACUUAGUUUCUGUUGAAAGCAAUGGGAUUUCAGCAUAAGUAACUUUUUCCAUUAUUUUCAGUGGGAACUAAAGGUAAUUAAGGUAGUAUGGAUGUAACCUAUUAAGGUUAUGUUUAAAAAUAUAAAACAACUAUAUGUUAAAAAUGUUCUUGAUUUGCAAUUAAAACCAUUUAUGUCGGUCCUUUGAUUUUUGUAGCAAAUUGUAUAUUGUUGUUUUGAUAAAAGCAAAGUGAAUAUUCAUUGAGAAUCAAGCUAUUUCUUCAAAGUAGUUCCCCUCUCAUCAUCCUGAAAAUUGACAUAGAUUUUAAUCUGGUCUUUAUUAACAUUCUGAUGCAUAUAAUGGGUGUAUAUAGUAUAUUAUGGAAGCUUAUAAAAGUAUAUUGAUGUUUUCAGGGUACCUUUCUUUAGUGUUUUGGAUUAUUAUCUUUGCCAUUAUCAUUACUAAACUGGGCUGUUACAUACAGGCAUGAUAGUUCUAUACUGGUUGUAAGCUCUACUCCAUAACAGAUUUUUCUUAAAUGUCUACUUUAUGUAGAAAAAUAUAAAGGAAGCAGAAAAAGGUAUCAGAGUUCCUAAGGGAGCAAAAUUCCUACAGCUAGAUAGUGGCUGGUCUCUAAAGUGGUCUUAUUACCACAUUACAAAGCUAGUACAAUGACUUUAAAAGACAGCUAUUACUGUUUCCAAAAUAUAUGCUUGCUAUAAUGAUAUAUUUCCGAAGAUACCUACAUUAACAGAAAGCUGCUUCUAUUCCCAGAAGGGCAGCUUCCAGUAUAAUAGAAGAACACUGCAUGGGGGAAAAAAGAAAUCACAAAUCCAGCAAGGUUGUUCCAUUUGUCUGAGAAUCUGCAAGAAAUCUUUUGCUAAUGUUAGAAUGAGAGUUCAAUGAACAAAUAAUGCAUUUUUGUCCUCUCCUUGUAGUUCUUGAAAUCCAUGUCAUAGAAUUCUACAUUUCCUAAUAUUCACUAUGAAAAAAGUAUUCAUUUCAUUUUAGUCACUUUUGACAUAAGAUUGCCAGAUUAAAGAAUGCUGAGUGUUUAAA